GUCGCAUAAAGUACGGAAAUAACGUGGAGAAUGGGAAAUAAAAACUCCACGCAGCCAUGUAAAACACAAAACGACCAAAAAGCAAACGUCAAAGACAGCACAGGUUAUCGUAAUGGAAAGACGAAGAAAUCGAGGAACGUGAAUAACCCUAAAAGAAAUUCACAGAUAUUGAGGAAGAAUUUUGUUGGAAAUCGUUCCACCAAUCCCUUUAUCAUUUUUUUUUUACGAUUGCGUAACAAGAAACCCAAUGAGCAUGUAACGGUGAUAGCUCGAGCAGCCGGAAAAUUAUGGACGCGCAUGUCUCCGGAUCAAAGAAGAAAAUAUAUCGAUUUGGCAAAUGCCGAGAAAAAACGACGAGAGGAGAAAAGACGAAAGCGUAGAUGUACGAACAAAUUCAAAUAAUAAUAUAUCGCAAAGAUGAGUUCAACGAAAAAUUACAGAGAGGAAAGUUUUUUAAUUCGAGGAUAAAGAAAAAAAUGAAAGGGAAAAAAAAGAAAAGAUAAGAAGUGGAUGUGACGUUACACAAGG